AUGCAUGCUUCUUUAGCUGUAACUUUGGCUUCUCUUUCUGUUCAAGAUUGGAGCUGCCCAGUAUGCCCUUUGGCUUCAAAGUCUUCUCCUCACCAGAUGCAAACCCUAGCAGUGACAGUAGCUUAUCUAAUCUAUGAUUUAGCAUGCUGUCUCUUUGACAAACGUGUGAAGCUUGACAAUACAAUUCACCAUCUUGUAAGUAUUGUUGGACUUGUGGCUGGCCUUGCCUAUCAAAGGUGUGGAUCAGAAAUGGUUGCAGCAUUGUGGAUUACAGAAAUUUCCAGUCCAUUCCUUCACUUAAGGGAACUUCUCAAAGAGUUGGGAUACAACAACACUGACCUUAAUUUGGCAGCUGAUAUUAUGUUUGCAGUCAUUUUCACAUUUGCAAGAAUGGUUGGGGGACCUUAUCUCACUUAUGUGACUUUAUCAGCCAACAACCCACUUCUCAUCAAGGCAAUGGCUGUGGGACUUCAGCUUGUGAGUGCAUUCUGGUUCUACAAGAUUGCAAGGAUGGUGAUGUACAAAUUGUCUCGGAAGGCGUCGUCAAAUAAAGUUGCGGCAACACAAUAG